AUGCGUAAUAAUCGUCUAUUCAAUUUCGUUUUCUCCCUAAUCAAUCGUAAAAUAUACCCUAGUCCAGCAAUCACUAGAGCUUCCUUCCAAAUUGUCUCCAAGAAAAUAACCCCCUACUUUUUUCACACCUACAAAUACGGGCGCAUUCCGAUUUUGCUGAGUUUCCUCUCACUGGGCUCUAAAGACGAUAGAGCAACAAAACGUAAAAACGCCAUUACUGAGUCAGACAUCAUUUUUGCUGCAGAUAAAUUUCUAGAGGUUUGUGAGCUUUUAUCAGAGUUCAAACAUGAGGACGACGUAGAGAUUUUAUGGAGACUGGCUAGGGCCUUGUAUAAGUUGUCUUGUGAGAAGGAUGUGAAGAAAACGGAGAAAGAAAAGUUGGUAAGAGAGGCCUACAACUUCCUUGAAAGGGCCUUGGAAUUGGAUGUCAAUCAUUUCGCGGUCCAUAAAUGGAUGUCAGUGUUGCUGGACGCCAGAAGUGAGUUGGAUGGUAUAAAAGUGAGGAUUAGUAACCUGGAGAAAGUGAAACAGCAUAUGUUGGAGGCUGUCAAGCUAAACCCUAAAGACGCUACAACUUUUUACAUGUUGGGCUCCUGGUGUUUUCAAAUCGCCAACAUGCCCUGGUAUCAGAAGCAAAUUGCCUCCACGAUUUUCGCGAAGCCUCCUGAAUCGUCGUUUGAGGAGGCUUUGGAGUAUUUCAGGAAAGCCGAGGAAAUUCAGCCGAAUUUCUACAAUCAGAACUUGUUCAUGUUGGGCCAGACUUACAUGAAGCUGGGUGAUAAAGAUGAGGCCAAGCGUUUCUUGACUCAGGCUGUCAAUUAUAAGGUGACCACUGAAGAUGAUAGGAAAGCUAAGAUGGAUGCUGAGAAUCUGUUGAAGAAACUGGUUGAAGAAUUGUUCACCUCUCUAUAA